GGGUGUCGAGGAGCCGAGGCCGAGUGAGGGUGUCGAGGAGCCGAGGCCGAGUGAGGGUGUCGAGGAGCCGAGGCCGAACGCGUCCACAACACCCCACCACGGCGGCCAGGCUCCACGCCGCCCUCCGCCUCCACGCCCGCCACCAUGACGGACUACAAGGAGGAGCAGAACAACGAGAUCGAGGCGCUGGAGUCCAUAUACCCUGAGGAGUUUGAGAUUUUAGAAGUAGACCCUUACCACAAGUUUAGAAUUAGUGUGAAGACUGAGGGCUCAGAAGUGGGCAGUGAGCUGGAGGUGGCCCCAGCAGAGAUCUCCUUAAACUUCGAGUACACUCCAACAUAUCCCGAUGAGCCGCCAAUUAUGGAGGUGUUACCUGAGGAGAACAUUGAGGAUGAGGAGCUGGAGGACCUGAGAGAACAGCUACAGGAACAGUGUACAGAGAACCUUGGCAUGGUGAUGGUGUUCACGCUAGUCUCGUAUUCUCUUGAGUGGCUAUCAACACACAAGGAAGGCCUUGCGCGCUCUGCCAAGGAGGAAAAGGAACUAAGGAAAAAAGAACUAGAAGAGGCAGAAAGGAAAAAGUUUGAAGGCACGAGAGUGACUGUAGAAACUUUCCUGGCCUGGAAAGCCCUAUUUGAUAAGGAGCUCCAGGCACUGCGCUCUGAAAAGGAGAGAGAGGAGGAGAAGAAUAAGAAGUUCACAGGUCGAGAACUGUUCCAAAAGGACGACACACUUAAUGAGUCUGACCUCAACUUUCUCGGAGAUGGAGAGGGCGAGGUGGCGGUGGAUGAGUCACUAUUCCAAGAUCUUGAUGACCUGGAGCUGGAGGAUGAGUUUGAUGAAGACUUUGGGGAUGAUGAGGGGCUGUCUGACUAAAAGAUUCACAGUCCCUUAAUAUUGUUUUGAUGGAAGUGAUCCUUACUCCCAAAACCCUCUGUAAUGCUUCAGAAUUUUCAGCACCUUUGUAUUGACAAGUUAGCUUCAUACACAAACACACAACUUACUCAUCUCGCAAUACAGUGAUUUCAGGUUCAUGUUACAGUCCAUUUUCAUAUCCACCAAAGGAGUCACAGGUCUGAGUAUGAAGAGGCAUGAUGUCACCUCCUGGCAGGAAUGAUAAGACAACAAUCCCUGCCCAAAAUUGUGAGUAACACUAGAGAUAGGGUUAUAUAUGUCGACUCAAGGUUUAAAACAAUAAAUACUCACACACACACACACACACACACACUUUUAAACAUAUAAUUUAUUAGAGAAGACCAUAUAAUUUGUUUAUAAUUUAAGCUGGUGAACAUAACAAAAUAAAUGUUAUAUAAACAAA